ACCGUCAAUUGACAACUGCGCACCAUCGCAGCCUGUCGCCCCAUUUGCUUGCUGCUAGCCAGCAUUUCUCUUCGCCAGUUCAUACUGCUACAUCAGUACAUAUUUGCGUAUUUUCAGCGAUUGGGCUUCGGCCACACACGCCAAAUUUGGGUUCUGAGUAAAAUCUGCCCUAGUCAUCUCCACUAUGGCGGACCUGCAAGAGCUGUUUGCCCGCCUCAACGGUGGUGCAUCCAGCGGCAACCACCAGCAACAACAGCACGGCUAUCAACAGCCUUCUGUCUCUUCUCCUCUCUUUUCGCCCUCACCGAGCGGCCCGCGUCCUCAUCACCAGUCUGCUGUCAUGUCACCCAACAUGUCCAUGGCGAACACACCCGUGCCCGAACAAGGCCCUGUGUCGCAGCAGACGCCACAACAGCAGUCGACCAACCUGCUCAACUUGUUGCGCUUCAACUCGCAGUCUGGUGCUGCACAGUCUAGGCGCGUAUCACAGCAGUCACACGUCUCCGAAGCUGCCCCGCCCCUUGGACGCAACGGCUCAACCCAAGAUCUGAUGGCAAGCGUCAUGGGUAGGGGAACGCCUGCCCAGAGCGCUCCUGCCCACGCUCUACCCAUGGCCGUGCCCGCGCCUGCACAUCAGCAGCAGAACCCCCAGGAUCUGCUUCUGCGCCUGCUCAACCACCCCAAGCCCGCCCAGUCCAGCGGCCGUUCGUCUUCUCGUGCCUCUGCGGCAUUUUCCCCGCCCGUCGCCUCCCACAAGCCUGAAACGGUUGUGGACGACCUCGCGCAGGAUCUCGCCGACGCUGAAGCCGAGCAGGUGCCUUCUGACCCCGCUGCCACCACACCAGGAGCCUCUUCCUCGCCCAUGAGGGUAUUUGGCUCGGACGGCAGGGACACUUCGUCUCUCGCCCCCAAGUUUACCUACGUCAACCCCUUCGACCAGCUCGAGGCUGCCAGCCCCCGCAACCGCACUCCCAUUCAGCAGGGCUCCAAGCCCCCCGCUCCGAAGGUUGAGAUUCUCAAGAAGAACGCAUUUGAGACAUCUUCUCCCGUCCCCCACGAGGAUGUGCCUGCCCAAGCUCACGAAACUGUCGCUGAGGCUGUGACGGACCUGGGCGAGCAGGUUGGACAACAGAUCGAAGACGCGCUUGCUGAAGCUGAGAGCAAAUCAACGGCGCCGCCGGCUGAUGAGCCUGAAAACCUACCCGCAGAAGAUAUCCAAGAGGUCCAGGAAGCCGUGGCCGAGAUUGCCACCGAGAUCAAGGAGGAGUUUGCCGAUCCCGCCACGGCCAAGGAGAUUGAGGAUACUCUCCCCAAGCCUCUUGCAACUGCCUUGAAGGAGGUCGCCACUGAGAUCGCCAAAGACAACGUCGCCGAGAACUGGGAAACCGCCGAAGCUGAGGAGAGCCUCGCAAAGGGUGAGGACCAGACGGUAAUAGUCUACAGGUUCCCCAUGCGCGCCUUUGCUUCCAUCCAGGUCAACCAAAUGCCGCCUCGCCGUCUGUACUUCGCCGAUGAACUGAUCAUGGACAUCGCUCGCCUCAAGAAGGAGUUUGAUCAGAUUGACAGGUCGCUCGUUUCGGCUAGCAAGAACUUCAUAGUAUAUGCUCUUGUCAAGAAGGGCGGCUUCCGCAUCAUCCGUCAGCUCGAUGGCCAGUACCGCCAAGUCUUUGAAAACCACCAAGAGCGUAUCUUCAACAUCGCUCUCUGCACAUCGGCCGAGGAUGCACAGCAACCAAUCGAGAGUAUCCUUGGUAUCGGAGUCAACGGUACCGUCUUCUGGACUUCACUCGAUCCUGCUCGUGAGGAUCAGUUUGGCGAGAACCUCGACUCUCAGGGCUUGAUGCUCCCUCCCUCGCCCUCCCAAGAUGAUAACACAUCUGGAGGUCAGCUCAAGACACGUGCUAAGCCCUCAUCCCGCCACCCUGAGUUCUUCGCUGUUGGCAGAGGCAAGUCUAUCCAUAUCGUCUUCCCCAAGGUUGCCGCCGAGUACGCGCGCUCUAAGAGUCGCAUCUGCCACACGGAGAAGUACCUCAAGGAACGUUCCCUCAAGAUCCUCACUGGCAAGGCUGGAAAGGACUUCACCUUUAGCGAGGAUGACACCAUCAUUGUGUCACUGGACAAGGCCGGACGCAUGCGCUUCUGGGAUAUUCGCACCCUGACGGACCCUGACCUGGGCAACCCUCGCAGCCCGCCCCGCCAGGUUGAGGUCUCUGAGACACUCCUCGAAUUCCACACGACCAUGCCCAAUGCAAAGUCAUGGCCCACUUCAGUCUUCUUCUUUGACAAAGACAAGCCAUACACUAAGGGUAUUGCGCUGCGAUAUGUCAUGGUCGGUAUGAAGCAGAAUCAUGCCUUCCAGCUGUGGGAUCUCGGCCUCAACAAGGCCGUACAGGAGAUCCAUCUACCGCAUGAGAACGAGUCGGACGCUAUCUGCAGUGUGUCAUUCCACCCUCGGACUGGUAUCAUGGCUGUUGCCCACCCUACGAGGAACUCGAUCUUCUUCGUUCAUGUCUCCUGCCCGAGGUACAACCUUCCCGUUUUGAGUCAAGCUGCCUACAUCGCACGUCUGGCAAAUAAGAACGAUAGGUCUCAUGGCGCUCUACCUCCAGUCAACGCCACGGCUAUCAUGACGAGCAUCACAGAGUACUCUUUUGCAUCAAAGGGUCAAAUUAGGAGUCUACACAUGCUCAACGAGCCUGCUGGGCCUUCUGAUGACGACCCCGACAAUGCAACUCUCUUCGAAUUGUAUGUAAUGCAUUCCAAGGGUGUGUGCAUCUUGCGCAUUCGACGAAGCGACCUCGGUUGGAAGAAGGAGGGCGAGCCUAUCCACCCCAAAGAAGCGGAAGAGGAGGGUGUUAUUACCAUCUCUCAGCUCAAGCCACCCCAGCCUGUCACAGAUGAGUCUUCUACCGCCGGUGAUACGCCUGCGCCCAAAUCGGUCUCUGAUCGAUCAGCUCGCGAUACGCUGAAGAGGGAGAGCAGUAACGUCUCAAGGCAGUCCAUGAACCCUGAGGCAGCUAUGCGUGCAUCUACGCUUGCGAAGGUUGAGAGCAAACAGGACGCCGCUCGCGCAGCUAUCAUCAAUGGAGGUGGCGAGAAGUCCGAAAAGAAGAAGAAGAAGCGCGCGACCGCCGCCGCCACAGAAACAGCGUCCCAGGUGUCUGUACCAGCAUCUGUCACGGCCUCCACGUCCACGUCUAGCCGUCCGCCUCCAUCUCUGCUUCCGUCAUACGCGCAAGCUGCACAGGCAGCCCCGCAGUCAAAAUCUCCAGCACCAGUUGAGGCUCCUAUUGAGUCAGAGUCAUCCAAGUCCAAGACUGCCGAUACUACUGAACCGCCGGAAUGGGCCAAGCAGUUCUUCAGAAAGCACUUUGCGCAGCAACCUGCAGCAACUGCAGGCUCUGCUCCUGCUGCAGAGUUCGAUGCCAAGAAGCUUGAAAACAUAGUACAGACUGAAAUCACCAAAGGCUUCUCUCGGGAGUUGGACGUCAUGUACAAGCGGUUCGAUGAAGACAAGCGUGUUUUGAACGCUGCGAACGGGGCCAAGCAAGAGGCUAUUCUGCGCAUGGUAUCCAGCACGCUCAACGAGAAUGUCGAAGGUGUCAUCAGGAAGAUGGUUGAUGAUAACAUCCGCAACGUCCUGCUUCCCGAAGUACUGGCAAAGACCUCUGCUACGAUUGAACAAGGCCUGAGCAGCAACCUCAAGUCUGUACUGGGUACCCAGCUGUCUAAGGAGGUUCCAGACGCAGUUUCUCGAGCUCUGAAACAUCCCCAGAUGUUCCAGUCACUCUCUGAUCAGGUUGCGAAGAAAAUUAGUGCCACUUUCGAGCCUAUGAUGGUCGCCUCGGUUGCAACAGUCGUCAACCCUGCUGUUUCAAACCUAGCCAACCUUAUCGAGCGUCAGAUUGGAGCCGAAGUUCGACAGGCCCAUGCUCAACGCCGUGAAGACGCCGCCAAAAUCUCGUCGCUGACUGAGACUGUACACACUUGUCUACAGACGAUUCAGACCAUGGUCGCGACUCAAGCCGAGCUCCAGUCUCAGAUUGCAAAGCUACACCAGGCUAUCGAGGAGCGUCCAACCCAGGGUACUGAUCGUGGAACAGAGACACCUGCAGCCUCUUCGCAUUCUCCUCCCAAGCAGAAGACUCCAGAGGAGCUUGAGAGUGACGCCAUUACCAACCUGAUGACAGGGGGCAACUUCGAGCAAGGUACUAUGCAGUGGCUGCAAUCGUCCCGCAGCUCCGAGCUUUUCGAUGCCGUCUUUGUCCGUUGUGACCCUAGUUACCUCAGCCAAGUGAGCCCGCUACUCGCCCUCUCGACUGGUGCAGUGGUGUCCGAGUCUUUGGAGCGCAACUUGCCAGAGCGCCUCCUUUGGCUCGAUGCUGUACUCAACAGUGUCAAUCCCAACGACGCCGAGAUCCGAGACAUAAUUCCCAAGAUUAUGGAUGUUGUCAUCCAGCGUUUGACUGCUGCGUACAUCGAGCUCAACGAGAGGACUCCUGGUAGCCAAUACCUCCGUGUCAUCUCUCAGCUAGUGGGCAAGUGCAAUCAGAUGACCCGUGCAUCUGUGCCUUUCAGUCCUCGCCGCUGA